ACUUUUGAUCGUGAAUCGGGAAAUCGGAAAUUGUAUACUUACGUACACACAGUCUGUUCCGUUUCUCAUAAAGGAGUUUGAAUUUUGGUAGUGAAAGUGAGAAAUAGAAUUCGAUUAAGCAAGAAAAAAUGGAUUCAUCGAACCUGGGUUCAGUCCCCGAGGAGACCCUCGAAGAGCAACUGCACCAACAACAACAAGAGAGCAAACCGGUUGUUUCUGCCUUCGCCUCCGUCCCUGAUCGCCCUCCAACUCAGGGUUUUUCUCAAAAAUACUCACCUUUGGAUUGGUCGGGCUAUUUUGAUCGAGAGGAAGAUAUCUGUAUACCAGACUCAAAUGAUGUCUUUCAUUUAUAUAUGACAGGAACAGAAGGACCAGUUAUUUUUUGUCUACACGGGGGUGGCUACUCUGGGCUCUCAUUUGCUUUGUCGGCUAGUAAAAUUAAGGAAAAAGCUCGAAUAGUUGCCAUGGACCUUAGAGGACAUGGAAAGUCGUCCACAGAAAAUGAUCUUGACCUAUCUAUUGAGACUAUGUGCAAUGAUGUUUUUGCUGUUUUGAAGGCAUUGUAUGGAGAUUCUCCUCCUGCAAUUGUGCUUGUUGGCCACAGCAUGGGAGGCUCAGUGGCUGUGCACGUUGCUGCAAAGAAAACAUUGCGUAGUUUAGCUGGUUUGGUGGUUGUGGAUGUUGUAGAGGGAACAGCUAUGGCAUCAUUAAUGCACAUGCAGAAAAUCCUUUCAAACAGAAUGCAGCACUUUUCAAGCAUUGAGAAAGCGAUUGAAUGGAGUGUUAGAGGAGGUUCAUUAAGGAAUAUUGACUCUGCACGUGUAUCCAUUCCUACCACUUUAAAGUAUGAUGAUUCAAAGAAAUGUUAUGUCUACAGAGCACGGUUGGAAGAAACUGAACAAUAUUGGAGAGGCUGGUAUGAAGGCCUUUCAGAAAAAUUUCUAUCUUGUCCUGUUCCAAAGCUCUUGUUAUUAGCUGGAACAGACAGACUGGACAGAGCUCUCACAAUUGGUCAAAUGCAAGGCAAGUUUCAAAUGGUGGUUGUCAGACAUACAGGACAUGCUAUACAGGAAGAUGCGCCCGAUGAAUUUGCAAUGUUGAUACUCAAUUUUAUAUCUCGUAACCGCAUUGGCCCUCAUGGAGUCGAGAUCCCAGGACUUUGUCGGCCGGCGCGGCCACAAUCUUGAAUCAGCUGAGUGAUAGCCAUGAUGAAUCAGCUGAACAAAUUCAAUGGCAUUGGCUUUAAAUUUGUUCUUUUUAAAUUUAAUUAUGUUGAUUUUAAAGCUAGGAGAAGUAUCAAGGGUGGAGUUAUUAUGUUGAUGAAUUGUGCUUCGUGUUUUGAUAAUAAUGCCCAACUGUUGCUGAUAAACAAAAGGUCUUUGGUUUGUGGAUUGAGGUUCAAUUAUUGUAAUGAAAAAGAAAAAGAAAAUUGGAAGCAAAUUCUUU